AUGCUAGCUCCUUUUCAAAGUAGCACAGAGAGGUCAGACAGUGGACAAUUUCAAUAUUACUUGGGUGGUGAUCCAAGUCAGCACUUGGAAAAUUCUGGUUUUCAUGAAGAUAUUCGAGUAUCUCCUGGAAAUGGAGCCAUUGGGCACAUGCAGAUGAUGGCAGUCGAGGGCAAAGGUGAAGUAAAGCAUGGAGGAGAAGAUGGCAGAAAUAACAGUGGAGCGCCACAUCGUGAGAAGUGCGCUGGAGAAAGUGAGGAAUUCUCUGUCAGAAGAGGUGGAGGGCAUAGGAUGCCACAUUUGAGUGAAGGAACAAAGGGCCGGCAAGUUGGUAGUGGAGGUGAUGGACAGCGCCGGGGCUCCGACCGAGGGUCACGAGGCAGCCUCAAUGAGCAGAUUGCGCUGGUGCUCAUCAGAUUGCAGGAGGACAUGCAGAAUGUCCUCCAGAGACUUCACAAACUGGAAACCCUAACGGCUUUGCAGACAAAAUCAUCAACAUUGCAGACACAACCCUCCUCACAGAGACCAUCUUGGUGGCCCUUUGAGAUGUCUCCUGGUGCAUUAACUUUUGCUAUUAUAUGGCCUUUUAUUGCCCAGUGGUUGGUGCAUUUAUAUUAUCAAAGACGGAGAAGGAAACUGAACUGAAUAAAGUUG